CCUCGGUAGAGCCAAGCUGGAAGCGUAGAGUAGGUGAAGAAAGCGCCUGCUGCUCCGCGGCCGAGUGUGCUUUAUGGACCAUGUGCUGCUAUGUAUGCCUGAAGUACUUGAAAUGCAAAAUUGGAGACAUUUUGCCAUCUAAAUGCUUGACUGGAUUAAGCGCCUAAUUAGGAUGAUUUUCCAACAGGCUGGAGUAAGCAUGCAGUCGGUACUUUGGUCUGGAAAGCCAUAUGGUUCAUCUCGAAGUAUCGUAAGGAAGAUUGGUACUAAUUUAUCUCUGAUCCAGUGUCCAAGAAUUCAGUUCCAGCUUACCAGCCCUACAACAGGACAUAGCCCCAGCCGCCCAGGAGAGGAUGCAGUGGUGUCUUUUGCUGAUGUUGGAUGGGUAGCUGAAGAAGAAGUAGAGUGUUCAAUGAGGCAAAGGACAGAGGUGAGGUCAGGGCAGCUGCUUUGGGAUGACCUUCCUUUCUUUGAGAAGCCUCCAAGCAGGCAGCUUUCCUUACCAAACCUGUCUCCAGAAGAGCCUCAACUGAAGACUUCAACUCUGGCAAAUGAGGAAGCAUUGCAGAAGAUCUGUGCGCUUGAAAAUGAACUUGCUGCUCUCAGAGCCCAGAUUGCCAAAAUUGUGACCCUGCAAGAGCAGCAAAAUCUCACUGCAGGUAGUGAUCUAGAUUCUGCCACUUCUGUUACUACAAUAACACCUUCUGUCCCACCACCACCACCACCACCACCUCCUCCUCCUCUCCCUCCUCCAUCAGGACUCCCCCAGAGUAUAUCUGCUAUUGACCUGAUUAAAGAGCGAAGAGAGAAAAAAGCCAAUGCUGGAAAGACUUCAAUUAAAAACAGUCCAAAGAAACAUGAUAUGCCAAAUAUGCUAGAGAUCCUUAAAGAUAUGAACAGUGUAAAACUUCGGUCGGUAAAAAGAUCAGAACAAGAUAUAAAGCCCAAAGCAGUGGAUGCUACUGAUCCUGCUGCCCUCAUAGCAGAGGCUCUGAAAAGGAAAUUUGCCUAUCGAUAUCGAAGUGAUAACCAAGGUGAACUCGAAAAAGGAAUUCCAAAGCUUGAGUCAGCAUCUUCCCGAGAAACAGUGUUGUUUGGGCCACACAUGUUGAAGUCUACAGGAAAAAUGAAGGCUUUAAUUGAAAAUGUUUCAGAUUCCUAAUGGACAAUUAGCUGAGAAAGACUAUCCUGGCUCAGCUAUUGGUUGGUUAGGAGUCAGUUUGACUAGUAGGAGUGAACACUAUUUAGUAAAUACCUGCCUCAGUGGUAUCCUUUUAAAUCUAGAGGGUUGAGCAAAGAACAGCAGUUUAAGUUGUUAAUUGCUUUUAUGAGGUCCAUCCUAAAGUUUCCAUAAUGUCUAUUCUGACACGUUUUUAAAGUCUAGUCAGGAUGCUUAGGUUUUUAGUCUUAAACAAUUAACACAAGUUUCAGAACAAAGAGGACAUUUGUAGAUGUGAUUUUUUAAUUCUUAAACACUAAUUUAUAUGUACAGAUGUUUUAUGUGCAUAUUUUUGAGUAUAAAACAGUAUGAAAACUUUAGUGAUGACGGGAGUAGGGUGUUAUUGGUUUUCAGUGAUCAUUUACUAGUUAGUGAUGGAAUAUCUGGUAUAUAACUCAAAUUGCUGGAGUGAAAUAUUGAGAUUAAAAUCUUACCUUGAACAGAACUUAUUAGAAUCUCUCAUAUUUUCUUGGACAUGGAAUAUUUCCUGGAGUAGGAACUGGUUAAUGUUCAUUACUGAAAUACUGAAGUGCAUUCCUUGAAAGGAAA